AUGAAAAGAAUUUUGAGACAUAGCUUUAGAAAUUCCAUAUUAAAAUUAGGUAGGGCUGAGCCCUAGGAGCCUAAAUCUGCUGGAGGAUUUUAGUAGACAUUAAAAAGUAUAUUCGGAUCUAAUAAUUAGGACUAAAUCAUGUCAGAAGAUCAAAUAAGAAGUGAUUAGGAAAAGAAAUUAUAGUAGCAAUAUUUUGAAAUGGCUAAAUAAAUUCAAACAAUGCAGUAAGAUAAUGAAUAAUUAAAAACAAAUUUAGCUGCUAUAUAUCAAGAUAUAAAAUAAACUAUUGAGUAAUCGUAUGAGAAUAAAUCUGUUUAAGCUAUCUUGGAUUUAGUACCACCUAAAUCUCUAUGCCAUUUUGCUAUUGAGCAAUUCAUUGGAAGCAUAACAAAUCCUAAAAAUGAGAAUGUCAUGAAUAAAUUUUUGGAUCAAGCUUUGAAAAACUGUAAAACUGAUUUAGACAAACUAGAGGUUGAAUAUUACACUGUAUAUUUAAGAAAGCUUUAAGCAAUAUAAUCUGGAAAUUAAUAAGAAUUUGAGAAAUGUAAUGCUAGAAUGGUCGAACUUUGUGACAAGGAACACCCAACUGCAAUGCAUCUAACUGCAAAAGAAAUGUACAAAGUAGCUUUAAAUAUUGUUAAUGGAAAGUAGAAGAAGAACAAAAAGGUUUUAAUUACUGAAGCAAGCAUGCUGUUCGAUGUGGCAUCUUAAAACGGUUCAUAUCACUCUUUUUACUAUUUAGGUGAAUUAGCUGAAUAGGGUGAACUUAAAGGUGGAUUUGAUUUAAAAUAUGCUUACGAAUGCUUCUUGAUUGCAGCUAGCUUUGAUAGUCCAAAGGCUUACUUUAAACUAGCACAAUACCAUAAAAAAGGUACUGUUUGUGAAAAAAAUGAUGAGUUAGUUUAUUAUUACACCAAAAAAGCAGCAGAACUUGGCUUAGUAGAGGCCCAGCACAAUUUAGGUUGCAUGUAUAUGGAAAAAUAAAUAAUCCCUUAUGAUUCUGUAAAAGCUUUAGCUUGGUUUACAUAGGCUGCUGCUGCAGGAUUUCACCAUUCAAUGUAUAACGCUGCACGACUUUAUUUGGAAGGAGGUGAGGAUGGGAAAGUAAAAGUUAACAUGUAAGCUGGUUUGGUUUGGCUAGAAGCUCUGUAAAAAAACGGAACUAUAAAUGUGGAUAGUAAAAUUGAAGAAGUUGUUUAGGUAAUUGAGUAAAUUAAGAGAGAUAGAAGAAAAAGACUAAGAAACAAGGCCCUUAAUUAAAAAGAAGAAUGA